AAACCUCAUAGAAGAAGAAAAAAUAGAAAAAAUAGAAGACAUCCUAGAAGCACAUGAAACGCGUUUUGAAACACUUACUGAUCAACAGGAUUCUGUUCUUUAUGUUUUACAACUUAAACAAAGCAGACCACACGAAAAAUUAUGUGCUAUAGUUUUUCUCGAUGCUGCACUGGAUUAUGUUAUUAGAUGUGAUAUCGAACCAA